AUGUCAACCAUCCAAGAAUGUUUUUUUAAUAUGAACGAAACAUUUAACCUUUCUAUUGAGGACUUCAACAAGCAACUUUCAAAACCUAAGGAAUUAAGUGGAAGAAAAGAAAACCUCCCUCCUGAAAAACUUCGCAUAACCUGGAAAAGAGACGCUAUGAAUUGUGAAGCUAAAAUCAAAAUAACAUGGUUAGCAGCAUCGAAUAUGAUAAAUGGUACCACUAAUCAUAGAUAUUUGAUGGAAGAAAGUGACAUGUGUAAAUGGUCAAAAUUUAUUAGAGAUAUGGUAGGCAAUGAGGCAAUUAAGGACUACAAACCUCUGACGAUUGCAAAUGUUGUUAGGAAAGAGGUUUCGAAAUUGUAUGAAGAUUCGGGCGUGAAGUAUCUAAAAACAAAGAAGGUCACUAAUAUCAAGCAGAAACUUGUUGGUUUGAUGAAUUCACAUCUUAUUGGAAAUGCGAAUUUAAAAUCUGAUUUUUUAAGUACAACUGAAUUUUUAAUAAAAAAUAAUUAUCAAGUUGAGUCUUUUCAAAGGCAAGAAUCACUUGAGUGUUCACGAG